CUUUGCUGGCUCUUCACACCUACAAUAUUUGGAAGUCCUCUUUCUAAACCUCCUUCCUUCGGCCUUUAUUCUCCACCGGGUCCUUCAGAUCAUCUUUGUCAAAGGAGAGAACCAUUCUACAAGAAGAUUCAGGAUGUUGUGUUGCCGUAUCUUAAGCGUGUUGAUGGCAUCCAUGAGCAUCAGCUUACUUUUGAUGGGGCUCAGCACCGAUUACUGGAAAGUAUCUUUUGGUCCUGGUGGGACAUCCCACAGUGGGCUAUGGCAGUACUGCAUUAACCCUGGAUUAAUCCAAAGCCAAUGCUUUGCUGUACAGAAUGCCUUUGGCUACAUCAUAGCUACCCGUGUGUUUCUCAUUAUGGCUUCUCUGGUGGCGCUGGCAUUGCACGUCUUCCUGAUUGCCACCUUCAUGCCUUCCAUGUGUGGCAUCCUAGGCAAACCCUUGAUUGCUUCCAUUGCUGCCUACGUGGCUGGCAUUUUCAACCACGUUGCCUCCUUGAACGCUCCAUCUGCUGCCUAUGAAAGAAUAUGAACGCCUUGGUCAACAAGAGACCAAGCACAAUUAUACAGAAGCUUUCUCUCAACAAAAAGGUUGCCUCAUUCCUGCUUCUCCUGUAACAAUGCAUCUCAGCAUCUCCAGGGCAUUGCUCAGCGAUACUUAUAUUUUUUUGGCUCACUUUUCAAAACUAUUGUCUUGUGUUUUACAGAGAUUUCAGUGACUAGGAGUAAUUUUGAUAAUUAGCUUGCUUGCCAAGUAAGGCUUUGAGUAUCACUUAUAGCAGUGUUUCCCGACCUUAGUCACAUUGAAAUAUGUGAACUUCAACAUGCUGGCUGGGGAAUGUUGGGAUUUGAAGUCCACACAUCUUGAAGUGAUUAGGGUUGUGAAACACUGACCUAUGGCCUGUCAAGCAUGUUUGGGGAAAGGUUCUGGAGCAUGGGCAACUUUUUAAAAUCAGGCCCUAUAUUUACAGCUCCCAAAGCUCACUCUGUCCCUAAAACUAUGCUACCAAAAUAUGUUGGCAAAAUUGUGAUUUUAGGUGGCAAAAUUACCAGUGGCUUUUAAGAGAUCUGCUAGGCCUGAAAGGGUUUAAUUUCUCCUCAUCUUCAGCUCGGAAGGGUGGCGAGACUCUACCUAUCUUCUAGGGAAUUCUGGGAGUUGAACUCUUAAAGUUGUUAAGAUUGAAAAUACUGCUCAUGGUACCAUGUGAAUCAUCUUUAGUGUUUCACAAUCAGGAUUGCUUCAAUAGUUCUUUUCUUCUGGAAUUACCAUCCUCUGUUCACUCACUUUUCAAGAAGUGUCCAAUCAUUUCAUUUUCAAAUUAUUCCAUUCCAAUGUAUUCUGAUUUAUGGGGUUUUUUUUUAAUAUGAAUGCUUACAAUAGCCAUGUUUAGGUUGCAUAAGAUUGACUUUGGAUGUUGUUCGGGUAUCUUAAAUUAAAUAAUGCCUCUGUUCAAGUUCUGCAUUUUAUUUUUACCCAUUGGACAACCCAUAGCAAAAAUUAGCACACAAUAAGAAAGGAGAGUUUCCUUUAGAGGCUUAAAAUUCUACUUUUGAGUCCGUGGGAGUAAAUGAGUAACAAUGAAUUGUGUGCAAUUUCCUUCUAAACAAAUAUAGGAAUACCAGAAGCUUUUCUUCUGCUUUAUUAAUUACCGGUACAAAGAUAUAUAGGGAAUAAAGCAAUCAGUCUGUAGGUAAUAAAGCAAUUACA